AAAAGGAGCUCAUCUAACUCUACCCACCUCACCAAUUCUCACUUACUUUACUUAUUUAAUACCAGCAAAAAUUCAGCAUCUGUAUUUCCUCUUCUCUCUCUGAUGUAUAAUACUCUCUCUUGAAACCAAGAAACGCUUAUGCGAUUGCUAUUUUACAGUGAAUUUUGUGAGAGAGUGUACAGAGCUCGCACCAAACGAGGUAGAAAGAGCUGACGUCCUUUGGAAGAAUUCUUCGGGAGCUGCAAUUCUCAUUUUUCUUGUGGAGCUUGAGGGUUUUCAGUUUCUGGGUUUUGUGUACUGCAUAUAAUGCGGAGAGUUUUCAGCGUCUUUUACGGGUGGGAGCCGAUUGGGGAAGUGCCGGCGAUUUGAUGGGAACGAGGUUGUUCACGUUAAACGCUAUCGUUUCAUGGAGUUGAGGAUUCGGCGUAACCGAUGUGCCGAGGUUUCUUUGCUCCCGAGAUUUGAACUGAAUUUUGCUCUCAUUUGUGUCAAGGUUUUACUGGUGUUGCUGAUCUUGGAAGUUACUUUGGCAACAAACAAAGAAUUUCAACUGCAGGCUCAAGUGCUUGAACAGGACAAAGAGAAUACCAUAUCACAUUCUUGCAUUCACGAUCAGAUUAUUGAGCAAAGGAAGAGACCUGGUCGCAAGGUGUAUUCUGUGUCUGCCCAGGUCUAUGCUGAACCUGAUGUCUUCAAGUCCCGUCAAAGAAGGGGAAGGGCAUUGCUUCAUGUUUGUGACAGGCCAAAGCGGCAUGCUGAUGACAAGCAACCCAUUAGAAUUUAUUUAAAUUAUGAUGCUGUAGGUCAUUCUUCUGAUAGAGACUGCCGGAAUGUGGGGGACAUUGUAAAGCUAGGGGAACCUACUGGAGCUUCUUAUUCUGGCAAACCUUCUUGUAACCCACAAGGGGAUCCUCCAAUUUUUGGUGAUUGUUGGUAUAAUUGUACACAAGAUGAUAUAGCUGGAAAGGACAAAAAGCAUCGUCUUCGCAAGGCUCUUGAGCAGACAGCAGACUGGUUCAGAAGAGCCUUAUCAGUAGAGCCCGUGAGAGGUAAUCUGCGGUUGAGUGGAUAUUCUGCAUGCGGACAAGAUGGAGGUGUGCAACUUCCUAGGGAAUAUGUUGAAGAAGGUGUUGCUAAUGCGGAUUUAGUUCUUUUGGUUACUACAAGACCGACAACUGGAAACACUCUGGCUUGGGCUGUGGCAUGCGAACGUGAUCAAUGGGGUCGUGCUAUUGCUGGACAUGUAAAUGUUGCACCUCGCCACUUGACUGCUGAAGCGGAAACUUUACUUUCUGCUACCCUAAUCCAUGAGGUUAUGCACGUUCUUGGAUUCGAUCCCCAUGCAUUUGCUCAUUUUCGAGAUGAGAGAAAAAGAAGGCGUAUUCGGGUGACAGAACAAGCUAUGGAUGAAAAACUUGGACGAAUGGCAACACGGGUGGUGCUUCCUCGAGUUAUCAUGCAUUCACGCUAUCACUAUGGGGCCUUCUCUGCAAAUUUUACUGGGUUGGAGCUUGAAGAUGGUGGUGGACGCGGCACAUCAGGAUCUCAUUGGGAGAAAAGACUUUUAAUGAAUGAAAUUAUGACUGGCUCAGUUGAUACAAGAUCAGUAGUUUCUAAAAUGACACUCGCAUUACUUGAGGACAGUGGAUGGUACCGGGCUAAUUACAGCAUGGCAGAUCGUCUUGACUGGGGUCGCAACCAGGGAACUGAGUUUGUUACCUUGCCUUGCAACCGUUGGAAAGGUGCAUAUCAUUGCAACUCGACACAGUUUUCUGGAUGUACAUAUAAUAGGGAGGCAGAAGGUUACUGUCCUAUUGUAAAUUACAGUGGGGAUCUUCCACAGUGGGCUCGCUAUUUUCCCCAGGCUAAUAAAGGUGGUCAGUCAUCCUUGGCUGAUUAUUGCACUUAUUUUGUAGCCUACUCUGAUGGUUCAUGCACAGACACCAACAGUGCUAGGGCACCUGACAGGAUGUUGGGGGAAGUGCGGGGAAGUAGUUCAAGGUGCAUGGCCUCGUCAUUGGUGCGGAGUGGGUUUGUAAGGGGUUCCACUACCCAAGGAAAUGGGUGUUAUCAGCACAGAUGUAUAAACAACACACUCGAGGUUGCUGUAGAUGGCAUCUGGAAAGUGUGUCCUGAAGCUGGUGGACCUGUUAAGUUUCCUGGCUUCAAUGGUGAACUGAUCUGCCCUGCUUACCAUGAACUCUGCAAUGUAGAUCCAUUACCUGUAUCUGGUCAAUGUCCUAAUUCAUGUUAUUUUAACGGUGAUUGCAUUGAUGGAAGAUGUCACUGCUUUUUGGGAUUUGAGGGCCAUGAUUGUCGCCAGCGUUCCUGUCCUAACAAUUGUGGUGGUCAUGGUGAGUGUUUUCAAGAUGGUGUCUGUAAUUGUGAGAAUGGGUACACAGGGAUUGACUGCUCCACAGCUGUUUGCGACGAACAAUGCAGUCUUCACGGUGGGGUCUGUGACAAUGGCGUCUGUGAGUUUCGGUGCUCCGACUAUGCUGGCUACACAUGCCAGAACAGUUCCACGCUUAUUCCCAGUCUCUCAGUCUGCAAAGACGUUCUGCAGACCGAUAUGUCAGGGCAACAUUGUGCGCCUGGUGAAUUGAGCAUCCUACAACAGCUGGAAGAAGUUGUUGUGAUGCCCAACUACCACAGGUUGUUCCCUGGAGGUCCUCGCAAGUUUCUAAAUUAUAUCAGAGGCAGAGACUGCGAUGGGGCUGCUAAACGUCUGGCCUGCUGGAUAUCUAUCCAAAAGUGCGAUGAGGAUGGUGACAACAGGCUAAGAGUAUGCCACUCGGCAUGCCAGUCAUAUAACGCCGCGUGUGGGGCAUCACUUGACUGCUCAGAUCAAACCCUAUUCAGCAAUGAAGACGAAGGUGAAGGUCUGUGCACUGGUUGGGGCGAACUCAGCUCUUGGUUGUAACCGGAAAAAUGAUUCAGGCGACAAUCCCUCAAGGGAUCAUGUAAAUUAUAGGAAGGUUUAGCUAUCGAUCUUUCUUCUGGCUUGCAAAUUUUUUGGGUAGGCUUUGUAGGAAAUGUGGCAUGAAAUGCGGGUGCAUUAGUGUAGAAUUUGUGAGUUCCCAGCCCAAAAUUGUUUGAGAAGGAUUGGGAGGGAAUGAUUGUUGAGGUGUGGCUUUCAAAGAAGAAAGUCUCCGAUGUAGAGAGAAUUAAGGUUGUGUGAGUAGAAAAAAAAAAGUGAAAAAAGGAGAGGGAACAAGAGAAGAAAUGUAACUCGGCCUAAGGCCCCGUUUAUAUGUAAUACUCUUAUUUUAUAAAAGUGACGGAUGAGAGAUUUCACUCA